AUGGGGGCGCCGCUCCUGACUUUCCCAGGCGGCGCCGCCGGCACAUGGCGUGUGAUCCCGUGCUCGCAUUGGAUUGGACGGCUCGCCGCUCGCGUAGUCCUCACGGGGCCACCCACCCAUGUGCCGGCACUCCAAGCCCGCUGCCGUUGGUGGAGUGCGGUCAAGCUCCAGCACACAGGAAACGGACGGAAAGCAGCGAGCAGCGACGAGGAGUACGCCGGGCACGCCGUGGUGCCCAAGUUCGGUUCCUGGGACGCCGAGAACGUCGGCUACACCGUCUUCUUCGAGAAGGUGCGAGACAACAAGGCACCGCCGGCUGCGCCACCGGCGCCCGCCACCGGCGGCGGCGGAGGCUACGACUUCGACCCGUACGAGCACUACGAGAGCCUGAGCAGGAAGGUGCCGUCACGCCCGCCGAGCUCGCACGGCCACGGCCAGCCCGCCGCCGCAGCCAGGGCGCCGGCGCCGGCGCCGGUAGUGGCCGGUGCCGGCUACGACUUGGACCCGUACGAGCACUACGACAGUCUCAGCAGCAGGAACGUGGCUUCCCGCCCGCCGAGCUCGCACGGCCACGCGCCUGCUGCUGGUUACGACUUCGACCCCUACGAGCAUUACGAGAAUCUCAGCGCAAGGAGCGUGCCGUCACGCCCGCCGAGCUCGCACGGCCACGGCCUCGUCCACGCGCCGCGCCGCAGCCGCACCACCGGCCGCACCCACACCCCGGGCACGGGUACCACCGCCGGACCGGGAGCAACGGCAGCAACGCGGCAUCCGAGGCCAGCAGCCGCGGCAGCAAGUUCUCGCCGCCCAGGCCGUACCAGCCCAGGUACACCAGCAGCAACAGUAACAGCGACGGCGGCAGCUUCCCGCCGCAGACGCACGGCAGCGGCCACGGCCACGGCGCCCAAUAUCACAAUCACCACCACCGUCACGCCCCCGCCGCCGCUGCCGCGGCGUCCCAAGCCGUCGGCCGUGCCGAGGUUCGGCGUGUGGGACGAGCAGAACGCGGCGAUGGCGGCGCAGGGCUUCACGGUGCAGUUCGAGAAGGUGAAGCGCCACCGGGAGGAGGCCAGCAGGACCGCCCCCGCGCCGCCGCCCAAGCUGCUGUCGCCCGACCACGCGGCGGCUGCACCACGCGCGCGGCGACACGGGAAGAGGAAGGCCGAGAGGUCCUUCAUGUCCAGGAUGUACAGGUGCCUGUUCCCAAGGGUCAGAGAGUGA